GGACUUCGAUUCUGUAACAAACUAUGGAAUAUGGUAGCUUAUGUCGAAACGGUAACCGAAAAUUCACACACGUUAAAAGACGUGGACUCCGAGCAUCCCGCGGAGACAACCAAACGCGCUCUCUGGGAUAAGGACCUUGCCAGGAUCGAAGAAAUACGAACGACGCUGAAUCGCGUCGUGCAGCCAACGCUUGUCCAGCUUUCUGUGUUCAUGCCCUUCGUGGCUGAACAUUUAUAUGAACGGCUCUUCAAAAGAGAACCCGGUUCCAUUUAUUUUGACUUUGUCAAGGCUUCCUUCUUCCAACUACAGAGAUCUACUGAGCUCGAAUCUGACAUGGAUAUUUUGCUUGGAAUAGUCAGCACUGUGCGAUCCAUACGUCCAUCAACUUCAGUUGCCUUCUUCGAAUGGUAUUCAGUGCAUGUUUUAUAUACUUCCAAAAGCUAUAUAAAUUCCUAUGUGCUUGUGCCGUCACAACUUAACUUGGAACCGACAGAGAAGAUCGCCUGUCAAAGGAAGACCAACAGCAAUGAUAACGUGAAGGAGAAGUAA